AUGUGGUUAAUACUCGUACAAAUCUUCUAAUGUGAUGCCAUCGAUAAAAUCAUUCCCACAAGACCGCUCAUCUCUUCCAGAGAUCGCCAGGAUUCAAAGUUCAUGACGAGGAACUUUGAAUCUUACGUAAAAUACUGGAAGCACGAAGUUCGGAUGGAGACAUUGCUCAAGUCUGGGCCAAGUCUUAACGUGACCGUCCAGAUCACGAUCCCCCGCGAGUGUCGAGACCAUUUGAGCCGGACCUUCGCGUGGGUUUAUGAUCAGAAGGCAUGCGCGGAUAUAGGCGGCAUGCCCUACUUCCGGAAUCCGGCGUUGGAGGAUACGGCGGAGGAUAAACUCUCAACACCAGACUGUUAAACAGACUUUUUUUUUUUUUGUCUGAUCAUGGCUAUGGUUGU